CCACGACCGUCGGCUUGGCCGCCCACCAAAUGAACCUGUUUAUGAUGACCAAGUAAAAUAAUCCCUAAAUCUCAUACCAGAAUAUUUUUUAAUAAAAAAACCAAAAAGUCAAAAUGUUGUCAAAAGUCACCGUCAAUGCUCCCGUUAAAUCGGUGCUGUUCUUCCUGCUCCGUGCUCUCUACCCGCGUCCCGUAGCAGAAAGUUUGCAGGCAAAGUCCCCAUUCCCACUCUAUCCCUCCUCUUCCCAGAAUACCCCCAUCAUGGCAUCCAUCUUGUCUCUAUUCCCUCUUCUAAUCCUCCAUACUCUGCUUCUAGCUCCGACCAAAACUUAUUCCCAGCGUGGCCCCCUCGUUGACUACUGCGCCGGCGACACCAACUACACCGUCCCCAGCACCUUCUCCUCCAAUCUCGACCUCCUCCUCUCCAAACUCACGUCCUCCCCCCGCGAUGCCGGCUACUUCUCCAACACCACCGUCGGCGCCUCCUCCUCAGCCCCCGCCUACGGCCUUGCCCAGUGCCGACCUGAUGUCCCCGCCUCCGCCUGUUCCGCCUGCCUCAACCACUCCGCCUCCUUCGCCGCCACCGUCUGCCCCUUUCGCAAGUCCGCCGCCAUCCGCCUCGAUCUCUGCAUCCUCCGUUACUCCGAUCAACGCUUCUUCGGCCAGCUCGAAGACGAUACGACCUGGCAGGUUGUCAAUCCCACUAACGUGUCGGAUCCAGCGGUGUUCUAUCGGGAGAUGACGGGUCCGAUGGACAAGAGCGCGUCGCAGGCGGCGGCGACGGAAUCGAAGUUUGGGGUGGGGAUGGCAAAUUCCACCCAGUACGGGAAUAUAUACGCGAUGGCACAGUGCACCCGUGAUCUAUCGGAGACGGAUUGCUCCACGUGUCUCUCUAAGGUGGUCGGUUUUCUGCCUAUCUGCUGCUAUGGGCAUCCGGGGGGACAGGCCUUGAAGGUGAGUUGUGCCGUGAGGUUUGAGACCUAUCCCUUCUUCUCCAUGUCGUUUAUCCCUCCGCCGCCACCGCCGCCGGGAUCGAGUACCUCGCCGGACAGUGGCAAUGGCACUAACACGACCGGUUACGGGAAAAGUAAUAACACUACUAAAGUAGUUUUAAUUGUUGUCUUCUCUGUCGUUGCCGCACUGGUGGUCCUUUUCGCCAUGUGUAUCUGCUUACGAAGAAGGAUAAUGCUUAGAAGACUACUCGUUGAUGGAGAUGAGGAGUUCAAAAAUUCAGAAUUAUUAUUAUUUGAUUUGGGUACCCUUAGUGCUGCCACAAAUAAUUUCUCAAAUGAGCAUAAGCUUGGAGAAGGUGGGUUUGGACCAGUUUACAAGGGGACUUUACAGGAUGGACAAGAAAUAGCUGUGAAAAGGCUCUCCGGAACUUCACGGCAAGGACUGGUAGAACUAAGAAAUGAGGUUGUUUUGGUUGCCAAUCUUCAACAUAGAAAUCUUGUUAAGUUGUUGGGUUGUUGCCUCGAGGAAGAAGAGAGGUUACUUGUCUAUGAGUACCUUUCAAAUACAAGCCUUGACAAAUUUUUAUUCGACCCUAUUGGACGAGAGCAAUUAGAUUGGGGAAGGCGGUACAAGAUUAUCGAAGGGAUUGGCCGUGGGCUUCUCUAUCUUCAUGAAGAUUCUCGAUUAAGGAUCAUUCAUCGGGAUCUAAAAGCAGGUAAUAUCUUGCUGGAUGGGGACAUGAACCCUAAAAUUUCAGACUUUGGUCUUGCAAAGCUCUUCGUCAUAGAUGAGACCCAAGGAAAUGCUAGUCAAAUUGCUGGGACAUUUGGGUAUAUGGCACCAGAAUAUGCUUUGCAUGGGCUCUUCUCCACCAAAUCAGAUGUUUAUAGUUAUGGCGUUCUAGUUUUGGAGAUUGUGACUGGGCAGAGGACUAGUAGAUUCCAUGGAUCUGGGAGUUCUCCAGACCUUCUUAGUUAUGUAUGGCAACACUGGAAUGAAGGAAUGGCAUCGCAGGUGAUCGACCAGAGUCUGGGUGAUCAGUAUGAAAUACGAGAAGUACUGAGGUGCAUUCACAUAGGGCUACUCUGCAUCCAAAAAGACCCCACAGAGCGACCCAGCAUGGCAACAGUCAUUCUCAUGCUCAGUAGUUACACUGUCCCUCUUCCAGCUCCAUCAGCACCUGCCUUCUUUAUAAGAAGCGAUGCAGUCGGUGGGGCAGAGGUGCUCGAGGGGGAUGUGUGGACUGGUUUAUCAGGAAUUGAGAGCUCCAGUGGAAGAACAACAAGAAAAUCAACAAUGAUAGGAAAAUCAACGCCGGUCUCGGUGAAUGAUGUCUCAAUCACUGACAUAGAACCGCGAUAGAGGUGUGAGAUUUAUCAAUAGAAGUUCAUCUUUUAAAAUUACUUGAUGUUAAUAAUCUUUGUGAACAAUAGGGACACCAAUUUCUCUGUCACCUCUGUUGUAUGAUAGAUAUGGUAUGUUCUGGAUAUCAUCCAGGGGAUGGUAUGAUAUUGGAAGUCUGUGGGAACUUUAAAUUGAUGGCAGCUUGGAACUGAAUUUGUUACCGACUGUGAUGGAAUAAAUGAGGCACCAUCCUUCUA